AUGGUGGUGGUGGAGACUUGUAAUCGACUUUCGGGGAAGGAGAAUAGUACGAUGGAGGUGGUGGGGAACUGUAGACAUAUAGCGGUGGUGGAGACUUGUAUACGACCUUUGGGGAAGGAGAGUAGUAUGGUGGAGGUGGUGGGGAGCUGUAGACGUAUGGUGGUGGUGGAGACUUGUAGUCUACCUUGGGGGAAGGAGAGUAGUAUGGUGGAGGUGGUGGGGAGCUGUAUACGUAAGGAGGUGGUGGAGAUUUAUAGUAUACCUUGGGGGAUGGAGAGUAGUAUGGUGGAGGUGGUGGGGAGCUGUAGAC